UAUGAAACAUGUGACCAGCGUCAAAAGGGCUAUUCCAAAUCAAUCACUUCUUCCAUCUCCUUGAAUCGAGAUAAUUUUCUUUCACGUACUCCAACUACCGAGCGAUCGAUAUACUGCCAGUGAAUUCCUGCUUGGACCCCGGAUGCAUUUGCCCCAGCUGCACUCUUGGUGCCAACCCUGCAUCUUUCAUUCUUCGUUAAACCUAUUGGAAAUCUGAUCGAUACCGCAAGUAAGGUUCACCAUGGCUGCGGUGUUGCAGGGCUGAAUUGGUGUGCACUAUGUGUACAAAUUCCUACAACAAAACACGUAGCCGGCUUCUGUUAUCCAGCCAUUACUACAAGAGAGAGAGCGAGAGCUCGGGGGGAGGGUUAGGUUCGACAUGCCGAAAGUGUUUAAGUUGUUUUCAUCAACUACUGACACAGGUGUGAGUCGUCUUCAUUCAUUUCAAUACCCAUACGCCGUAGCGUGGUCGAUGUGACUUCGCGCUUGUCUAAACUCGCAGGAAUCACGGGCGCAUUUACAACACUGUUUGGUCAGUUAUUUACACUUGUGCAUUGAUUGUUCGCUGGGUAAAUUGAUUGGCCGAAGCGAGACCGGAUGCGAACACCUCACCGCCUUGUACGACCUCUCUCUCUCUCGAUGGCCGUAUGGAUUGAGCUUCUGUUUACGUUGCAAUAUCCGCUCUUCAUUCAUGUAUCACGUCAACAUUAGCGUCCCAUUCAACGAAAUACGUACAUCGGACAAAUGGACGCUUGCUAAUCUGGCCACAUCAGCGUCGUAUCAAGCGGCCCGAAACCCAUAAUUUUAUGUCAGGAUUUCCUUUUCGAACCUUGGUUCUAAUUGUUGUGUGCUCCUCUGUAUGGGUUUCGACCACGAAAGCAGGAGAUAAGGAACGCGAACUGGUGUUAGAACUUGUACGAGACGGCAGUUCCCACAGGGAGGCGGAUGUUCCCGCGUCAACCAAUCUGGUCCGGCUUAGCUGUUCACACGGCAACCAAUGGAUUGUGCCUAAUUCCUUGCCCCGAACGAAUGAUAAGGUAGCGGUGUCCGCAGAACAAAAAGAGAAUGGAGGAAGCUUUCUUGUUAUUCGUUUACCCCCCGGAUCAGCUGAAAGAGGUCACUGGCGAGGACUAUACCAGUGCUGCUACAGUGGUGAAAAUGAGCGACCUUCAGAUCACAAUAGCACUUUCACGUGGGUCCGACGACGUGGCCAACCAUCGUGUUGUCCCUGCUGCCCUUGGUACGAGCAAGAGCGCUGCCUCCCACAACGGGACGAUGCUGUGGAAACAGUUGAGCUCCGCUGCUCCCAAAGUGUCUUUCUAUACACACAUGCGAUACCUGAGGAAGCUGUACAGCUGCACAUUGUGCCUGGGGAACCAAUGUUGAUUCCGUGUCCAGCCCUGUUGGGUUCCGAAACGUGGUGGCCAGAGAUUCAGUUACAGCUUGUACCCAAAUACCCCCUCGGUUGGCCUUGGUUUCCCUUCCAAACUCCAGAAACAAAACCAAUCUCAUACAUGUACGAUUCACGCCACGGAUUGUGCCUAAACAGAUCCCAGUUCCAGCGGUCAAUCCCUUACUUGAUGUGUCAUUAUCCGCAAGUGAAUCGAACUAGGACCGUCCAACUGGUUUGGCCCCCACCACCACCCACCGUGGCGCCUGAAGUGCACUUGCAGUUCGUAUCCCCGGAAGCUUCUGACAAGGGAGAUCCGAUGCAUUUAACCAAUUUCGAAGAGAUCGCUGAUGCAAUAUCAGCAGAACCGCCAAUUUAUCGUGUCCGUUGGGGCAGCCACUUCCGAGUAUAUUGUAUCGCAAGCUACAACCAAACAAGAAUUGUAAGGCGACCACCUCCGCGUCUGUGCUUCAUUUGGGACCACCGAGAACUCAACCCGAUUGUCCACAACACUUCAAGCAGUACAUUGGAUGGACGGAAAUUGAGCGACUGUCCCACCGUGAGGUUCACUACGGUUGCAAAGCCCCCGCGCGUUUACGCCAUCAGUGAGUUUGAGUUGCCCCCUAUCCAGGCCAACACCAGUGUGGCUUGUGAAGUGUUGACUCCAGCCCGUCAGGCUCCUCCGGCAAGCACAAUGGCUCAUUUCAUUAUUCCUCCAGGUAGUGAUAACGUGGAAACUGCGGGACCGCUGCACUGGAUUGUGGAGGGGCCCAUACAUGUUCUCCAGUCGACUGGUCAUUCACCACUAGCGGUGAUGGACAUAGCAAAGGGUGCACAACUGAACCUGUACUUUUGGCACUCGCAAGAGAUAGGACAAUCACCAGUUUGUACAUUGAACUUAUCGAGUGGACAAGCGGACAAUGUUAACCAGAUGCUGUCUGUCAGACGGGAGUCGGAUCGAUGGCGGUGCAGUAUCAGUUUCAGUCCGGUCAACUCGUCCAUGUUAGGGUGGAUCACGGUUGGCUAUGGUUACGAGCGUGAAGAAUUGGCAGUUCACGUCAUUAAUUCGUCGACAUGGCAGCGACCACAUGUGAUCGGUAUGCACAGUCACGUGUUGCAUCCAUUCAACUUGACAUGUAAACACGAUUUGAAAGGCCCGCCAGUCUUUCCGAAAUGGGCCGAAGCUAAGGCAAUACCGAGGUUCACAUGGUCGGUGAAAUUCAAUCAAACCAUAACCGAGAUGCAAUCGAAGGAUGGUGACAGGCUCGAGCUGCAUCCCAUCUACAACGAAACAUCGACAUAUGUGUUCACUUACAAACAUGAAGCUGCUGAUCGGAUUGAUCAGAUUCCCACCACGAAUCAAUUCGUACCUGCCAAACAACCGUCUGCGUUGUGCGUGGCAUGUGAGGUGUCCUACUCAUUUGGAAUUACUUUGCAAAGCGAACACGAGUGUAGGUACUUGGUUGACUUUAAUCUGAUGGAUGUUGACAUGUCGAAUGUGACUUCUGACACACCACCUCUGCUGCUACUAUUGAGACAACCGAACAUGCGAGCAAUAUCAUCGUCCGAGUCGUCUAUAGUCCCGGUCGUCGGGGACCGGCAGGUGGAAAUGCAAUGCUUGUUUCUUGCUGGUGUGCCCGGCCCACUGACUCCCACACUGCCUGCUAGUCUGUGGCCCACUCUUAGAUUUUCCAACCAUUCCAUUUUGUUCAACUCAUCGGUAAGGGACGCCGUACAAAUGGUAUUCGAACUGUCGCCUUAUUGGCGUGGAGUGCGGGUGCAGCUGUCCCAACUGAAGACGACGGAGUCCGCGGAGGAUAUCGAGUGUGAAUUUGAGGAAAGAAAAGCCAUGAUGCAACUACACGUCAUGAAUCCGGCCAAGCCACAAAUCUUCCAGCUUCAGAAUCAAUCCCACACGGAUGCUCCAAAUGGCACUGUGCAGCUAGCAUGUUACGCCACAGGGUUUCCCGCUCCUAUGGUAUGGUGGCAAAAGCGAGAUCAGAACGGCGGUGAUGGAGAAUGGAUCACUGUGGAACAUUGUGAACCUCCCCAGGAUGCUCUCAACGAAACACUGUGUGUCCACAAGUACAAUUUGAACACCAGCGAAGAACUAUCUGUUGCGCAGUGUAUCGCCAUGAAUGCGUUUGGGAGGGCUACGUCUGUGCAAACAAUCUAUUCCGCUCCAGCGUAUACGGAAUCAUUGAAUGGGGGGACGGGAACGGGACAGCCUUACAUAUGGAUUGGAACAGUUGUGCUUCUGAUCGUCCUGUUGGCAGGAUUUUCCAUUUUGUCCCUUUGCAUAUACCGCUGGACAACUGAGACGCUGAAAAUUGGACGCAUUAACCGAAAGUGCAAUAUUUUGUACUCAAAGUGCAAACCCUAUUCAUAUUUCCCCGAGUCUGGCAUGGGGUCUGUGUCUUAUCAAUGUGUAAAGGAGCACACCAAGGUGAUAGGAGCGAUUGCCCAGCUGCUAGGCUCUAUGGAGGAGGCAUACAAGUGGACUGUGCCCAUGGAGUGUCUACAAACUUCCACCGUUCGCCUCGGCCUCGGGCAUUACGGCCAAGUUUCUAAGGGAUGGCUCAGCCCCCACUGCUCGCGAGCAAACAGACAUGGGGAUGGAUCAGAGGUCGAGGCGGUUGCAACACCCGUGGCUAUCAAGGCAGCAUCAGGUGAGAGCAGUAGUCUGAGCUGUUUGCGAAACGAAAUCGCCCUUUUACCUUCCUUAAGCUCUGGACCAAAUAUUAUUCGAAUGAUGGGAUUGACUCUAGGAGUGAAGGAAGACUUAAGCGAUACUCUUCUGCUCUUAGAAUAUUGCUCUCACAAAAGUUUGAGUGAAUUCAUCAGAAAACGAGCGCACCACAUUACCAAUGGGAAUCAGCGAACCCACAAAUGGAGCAUACAGUCAUGUGAUUCCGGCGUGUGCAGUUUACUGGACCAGGAAGCUGGGUUAACAGAGAGUAUCAACAGCAGAAAUGGUAACUGUAGCCCUCCGGACAUGGGAACCAUGACUAUUGAAGAGAGUGAAAUACUCGGUUUGCGUCCCAAAAACAAAUGCACUCUCAAUGAGUCGGAAUUCCACCUGACCAUAUGUGAUUUGUAUCGCAUUGCGUAUGAAAUCGCUUGUGGUCUGACAUACCUAGCCGAAUCCGGAAUUAUUCACAGAGAUUUAGCAACUAGGAAUAUUUUGGUCGAUCAGUAUUUCAACCCGAAGAUUUGUGAUUUUGGUCUAGCUGUGCGCGUUUCCAUCACGGAACAGUCUAGCGGAGGAACAACUCAACCAAAUGAGGGAUACCAGAUUUUGACUCGUCAGAAGCAGCUACCGUUCCGGAUCCUUCCCCCUGAGGCAUUACGUGAACAAACAUUUUAUCUCGCCUCCGACAUAUGGGAAUACGGAUUGUUGCUGUGGCAGCUGUUUUCCCUCGAGACUAAGCGUCCGUUCUCCACAAUCUGUACCGUGGACGAAUUAGUCACACUUCUAUUCUCCGUCCCACAAACUGUGUCCGUGCCAAUACCACCUCCCUCGAUAGAUCGCCCCCGACUUGUGCAUGAACAAUUAUGGCUUUUCAUGUGCCAGGCGUGGAACUUGGAUUACAAACUUCGUCCAAGUGCUCUAAAAUUUAAAGAAAUGCUUUGGGACUUGUUGAAAGCCAUUCACAGACCCGAGGGGAACCAGACAACACGGGAUAACUCCUGCAACCCAGUGCUCUACACAGAAAUAAUCCAACCUGAGUCCAACGGUGUGCUUUCAGCUUUAGAGCGGUAGCCUGAGGAAACUACAGACAGCUGCCCACUUUUUAUCUUUAUUAAUUUGUCACGUAUGAACAGCACUGAAGGUAUGUCAAUUUUGCCGCUGUACAUUGCUGCGCUUUCAAAUACAGAAUAAGUAUGUAAUGU